AUGAACACAAUAGUCAAUGAAGAUGUAAAAAAUGUGCCAACACAAGGAUUAGUGCAGGGUGGCAAUAAGGUCUCUGAAGAAAACAAUCCUGGUUCUAACUCAACAGUCCUUGUUGAAAUAGAAAAGGGAGAUGUAGCUGCAGGUGAAUCUUCUAAUCUAGAGGAUGGUGAAUUAGAAAAGACAACAAAAUUUGUGGCAUCAAAUGAAACACACAACAAUAACACUGAAAUGAGUGAAAUAAAAGAUACUCAGAAUAUUUCUUAUAUGAAGGAGAACACUGAAGCUACGAAGAUUGGAUUCAAGGGUGAUACACAAACAGAUGAAACAUCUGACUCAUCUUCUGGCAUAGGACCAAUACAUGCAUAA